AUGCAACUCACUACCAUGGCCAUUGUUGCAAAGUUAUUGACAUUCAUGGAGGAUGUUAAGGCCGUUUUGAAUGUUCGAUGGGGAUCGGUAUCCCUAGUAGAUGCAGAGAAACGACUUCUAGCCAAUGCCUUGCUUGACUUCUCAAAUGAGCGGUUUGUGCUUCUUUCGGAGAGCUGCAUCCCAGUUUACAGCUUCCCAACAGUAUACAAGUAUCUAAUUGAAUCUGUCUAUAGCUUUGUUGAGUCAUAUGAUGAUCCCACCCGUUAUGGGCGUGGCCGUUAUAACCGUGCAAUGAAACCUGACAUCAAGCUCCCUGAUUGGAGGAAAGGGUCCCAAUGGUUUGAGCUUAACCGGACUUUAGCAGUCGCACUAGUGUCGGAUAUCAAAUACUACAAAAUCUUCAAGAAGUAUUGCAGGCCUUCUUGUUAUCCAGAUGAGCAUUAUCUUCCGACUUACCUGCACAUGUUCUACGGAGCCUUAAAUUCUAAUCGGACAGUUACUUACGUCAAUUGGUCACUUGGGGGCCCACAUCCUGCAACUUUUAGUGCUGUCAAUAUUACAGAAAGUUUCAUACGAUCUAUAAGGAGUAAUGGGACACUCUGUUCAUAUAAUUCUGGGAAAACAGAUGUGUGUCACCUCUUUGCUAGAAAGUUCACUUCAAGUGCUCUGGAGCCUUUAUUAAACCUCACCUCAACAGUAAUGGAGUUUUGA